AACCAGGAACUUUAGUCUCGCGCUUCAUCAGCAAAAUGAUGACAUAUAUUUUAGGAAGUGGUUUUACUCUUUACUUAAGAGAACAAGAGACAGAAAAAGGACCUGAAAAUCACAGCUGAGCCUGGGAAUAAUAAAGAGGAAGACCUCAGCUUUAAUCACAGCAUGCAUCUGCAGAUAUGGCGUCCACUUUCUGUGGUGUGCUGUUUGUUUGUCCAGAAAAGCACACAGACAAACUGACACAUGCACACAGAGCACACCAUUGUUGUGUUUCCCUGAACACUGUGUCUGUCGGGAAAGAGGAGGCAAACCAAAGCCAGAGGAACCAAGCUGCACUUCCCAAAAGCCGAUGAGUGACAUUUAAAGCGGAGGAGGAAAUUUUAUCACUUUGUGUUCUCCUUCCUCACCUGCAAUCCUUGUGCGAUGGAGCGGCCUCUGCUGGGCCGAGUGUUAGCCCGGGGCUGCUGCUCCUACAGCACACUGAAGGCCUGGCUGCCAAUCCUCUCCUGGCUGCCCAGGUACAAGCUGAAGUGGCUUCAGAUGGACCUGCUCGCAGGCCUCACCGUCGGGCUUACGACUGUACCGCAGGCUCUGGCUUACGCCGAAGUAGCCGGCCUUCCUGUGCAGUACGGCCUCUACUCUGCCUUCAUGGGGGGGUUUGUCUACACCCUCCUGGGGACCUCUAAGGAUGUGACACUGGGUCCCACGGCCAUCAUGUCCCUCCUGUGUUUCUCCGUGGUGGGGGGGCAGCCACACCGAGCCGUGCUGCUCACCCUCCUCUGUGGACUCAUCCAGGCUGUAAUGGCAUUACUGAGUUUAGGUUUCCUGCUGGACUUCAUCUCUUUCCCUGUAAUAAAAGGCUUCACUUGUGCUGCUGCGGUAACCAUUGGCUUUGGCCAGGUCAAGAAUAUUCUGGGACUCCAAGGCAUUCCCCAUGAGUUCUUCCUGGAGGUUUACUAUACCUUCUACAAGAUCCCAGAAGCCAGGAUAGGCGAUGUGGUGCUGGGUCUGCUUUGUCUCGCUCUGCUCGUCAUGUUGACGUUCAUGAAGACGAGUCUGGGCCCUGACAGUGACGACGUUUCCGCCUGCUCCAAAGUCGCCAGGAAACUAGUGUGGACUGUUGCUACCAUGCGUAACGCUCUGGUGGUCGUGGCUGCAUCCUUCGUAGCGUUCUCCUGGAACGCUUACGGCCAUCCCGUGUUUACAGUCACUGGGAAAACUACCCAGGGGCUCCCGCCGUUCACGCCCCCACCCACCUCGGACACCACAGCCAACGGCACCGUCGUCUCCUUUGGAGAGAUUGUAGAGGACUUUGGAGGAGGGCUUGCUGUGAUUCCUUUAAUGGGUCUGUUGGAGAGCAUCGCUAUUGCUAAAGCUUUUGCCAGUCAGAACGACUACAGAAUUGAUGCCAACCAGGAGCUGCUGGCAAUUGGUUUGACCAACAUCAUGGGCUCCUUUGUGUCGGCCUACCCGGUCACUGGCAGCUUUGGGAGGACAGCAGUGAACUCCCAGACUGGUGUUUGCACUCCAGCUGGAGGGAUCAUCACCAGUGUGAUAGUGUUGCUUUCCCUGGCGUUCCUCAUGCCAGCCUUCUACUACAUCCCCAAAGCUUCUUUAGCUGCUGUUAUCAUCUGUGCGGUAGCUCCCAUGGUGGAUUAUGGAGUCGUGGCUAACAUGUGGAGGAUACGCAAGCUGGACCUGCUGCCUUUUGUUGUUACGUUCCUGAUGAGUUUCUGGCAGGUGCAGUACGGCAUCAUAGGAGGUGUAGCUGUAUCUGGAGCCAUACUGCUGUACAACACGGCAAGACCCCAGAUAAAGGUGUCUGAUCGCGGUGUGCUGGUGAUGGAGUUGGGCAGUGGACUCAGCUUUCCUGCCACAGAGUAUCUCAGCCACAUCAUACACACUCAGGCUCUGCAGGCGUCUCCUCCGCGGUCAGUGGUCCUGGAUUGCCAUCAUGUCAGCACCAUAGAUUACACAGUGAUCAGCGAGCUCAGGGACCUGCUGAGGCAGUUCAAACUACGAGAAGUGCAGCUGGUCUUUUCCAGAUUGCAGCCCUCUGUCCUGGAGCUUCUCCUAGCAGCUGAUCUGCAGGGCUUCAGGUAUUCAGACAGCGUGGAGGCGGCGCUGCAGAUGGAGUCGGAGAGCCUCCUCAAUGAAUGACACAAAAAACGAUCAGUCUGUGAUUAUUGGUCCGUUAUGAAGUUGAAAAGUGAAGUGAACUACCUCCAGCAACUGAUACAGUGGCUGUUACAGUAGGUUUACGGCUAAACUUGACUUUGGAAAUCACUGUGGGAUCUCUGAGAUUACAGCAGUACAUUACCAUCGCACAACAUACUGUGUUUUAUAGCAUUUUAUAGGCUUUUUAGGAGCAUAAUGCUUUUGUAUAAAUCAAGAGGUAAUGAGAGAAAUAAUAUUACUGAAAUAUAUAUUUUUAUUAACAGAGAACUCCCUCUGUUAUGUUUUAGGGCUGAAGGUGACAGGUGGGCUUGCAGAGACCAAAUCUGAAUUUGCACAAUAAGAAUAAUGUGUGAAUAAUGAACAGAGCAAAGUGAACACAUGUGUCACCUGUCAUUAUUUAUUUAUCUAUGUAAAAGGAAAUGUAAGGUGAUUGGUUUCUAUUAUUUUUUUUAUGUUGGAAACAAAAUAUUGCCAAGCCAGUGGCAAAAUUGUUUUAAUUGACUCAUCACAAUGAUUUAAUUACUUUAUUAACCAGAAUCAUCACAUCUACACCAGGAGUUUUACUGAAUAAAAAGUUUCCAUUUUCAUAUGUAUGCAUGUGUGUUUGUGUGAGUCUGUUUGUGUUCUAAUAAAGGCACCUGAUUUGUCCCAGCAUCA